UUCAAACGGGAAGCAUGGCGGCGGCGGCGGCGUCUGAGCCUGAGGACCUUGUCCCGCCGACCGACGGGGAGCUCGAGGCCGGGACGGCCGGCCGGGCCUCGGACCCCGACCCCCGAGAGGACUUCCGGGUGCGCUGCACCUCGAAGCGGGCGGUGACGGAAGUGCUGGAGCUGUGCGGCCGCUUCGUGAGGGAACUCGGGGAAGCGCUCCCGGAGGAAAUUCGGGAGCCCGCGAUGCGAGACCUGCAGUGGACUUUCGAGACAGCCGUGCAAGAGAAUGUCAGCAUUAAUGGGCAAGCGUGGCAGGAGGCAUCUGAUGACUGCUAUAUGGAUUCGUAUAUCAAAGUUCUUGAAGACCAGUUUGAUGCAGUCAUCGUCGAUUUAGCCACAAAACGCAAGCAGUAUCCCAGAAAGAUCCGUGAAUGUGUCAUCAAAACCAUAAAAGCAAAAGAAGAAAUCCUGAAGCAGUAUCAUCCUGUCAUACAUCCAUUGGAUCUAAAGUGUGACCCUGAUCCAGCCCCUCGCAUGGAGACUCUGAAGCACAGAGGAGAAGCACUGACCAAGGAGCUUGGUGACACCAUGAAAUCCUUGCCUGCAUUAAUUGAACAAGGAGAAGGGCUUGCCCAAGUUUUAAAGAUGCAGCCUGUUAUCCACCUCCAGAGAGUCCACCAAGAAGUCUUUUCCAGUUGUCACAAGAAGCCAGAUGCUCAGCCUGAGAGCUUUAUAAUGCAGAUAGAGACAACACCCCCAGAGACAUCUGCCAGGAAGCCCACUGAUGUGGUGCUAAAGAGGAAGCAAGCCGCAGACUGCCCCCAGAGAAAGUGGUACCCACUGCGGCCCAAGAGAAUCAAUCUGGACACAUAAACUCACUCAGGAGUGGUGGGUAAGCAUCGUCACCAUUGGGAUUAUAGCCUGGUGUCCAGGUUGGACUCCAGCUACCACACUAGUGAUUUCUUUAUACAGCUGAAGCGUGAUGAAAAGCCUGUUCCUUUCUUCUUCAUUCCAUCUAUAGUAGAUGAAAAGCACGUUUUUGAAAACCUGCACAAAACCCAUUGUGGGUAUCGAGAGGGACAGACUCCUACUGCCCUCACAUGCUGAGGGCUCUGGGCUGCCCGCAGCCUGCUGUGGAGCCCACGGUCCUGUGUCCUGCCGGGUCUCCGAUGUGCGUCCUUUUGGAAGAUCCGCAAGACCGGGCCUCUGGGUGCUGGGAGACAGUCCACUCCACGCAGCAGGAAGUGCCCUCGGUCUGCUGAGGCAGUUUGAUUUAUCAAGUUCAUGUGCAGAAGACAGACCAGUGGACUUUGCCUCUCAAAGUUCAGCUAUUAGAUUUGUGGGAUUAUAGAAUUUUUUGUAUUGUUUUAUAAGGCAACGAAGACUGUUGUUGCCCAAGACUUACUCUGAGAAAUAAAAAUUUGCAAGUAA